CUGCAACCCUGACCAUCAAGUCAGUUGGCGGCCGGUUUUCAAUCCAAAAAUUGUUGUGAUGGCGCAGGUUUUUCAGGUGAAAAAUACAUUUUUGGAUUUGGAUGAGGGUUUGGAAUUCGCUUUUCACAAAAGGCAACAAUCAGAACCAGCGACUCGACAAGUUGAUUUCAAGGAUCACCUGAUUGUGCCUGUGUCAGCCGGCUCGCGGUGUGAAUCACCGGAGAAGAUGCCACGGGUUGUGACGGGCGACGAUCUGGAUUUUCUGCCAUGUCCAGCCAAAGAAUGUCAGCCAGGAUACUCCGCAGAGUGGAAUUCCAUCUCGAACGCCGGGCCGGAGAUGUCAUCGAACUAUCUCAUGCCGAGCAUAAAUAGCGAUGGCUCAAACAUACUGUGGCACUACCCGAAUGGAUGUGGCGGAGUCGCCAUGCAAACCUUCAUGCCUGGGAAGAUGAUGUUCGAUGCUGGCUACCAGUCCUACCAGGAGUAUCCAGGAGAGGCGCCAGCAGGUGAAGUGCUGCAGAUGGGCAAGGACUUCCACCUGAACUUCAUCAAAACCGAAGUAAGCGACGCGUCCUUCCCGCGAAGUGGCCGAAGUGGUGCAGGUGGCACCACACUUCCUUGGGGCGAGACGCCAUCCAUGCAGGCUUCACCACACAGCUCACGACAAACUUCGCCACAGAAUGCAGAGAUUGAGAUCCCUUCGAACUGGCAGAGUGCAACCACUGUGAUGGCCAGAAAUUUGCCCAACAAAUACAAUCAGCAGAUGCUGAUUGACGAGUUGAACAGCGCAGGAUUUUCUGGAACCUAUGACUUUUUGUAUCUUCCGAUUGACCCGGAGACAAACGCCAACCGUGGCUAUGCGUUCAUCAACUUCAUCAGCCCGAGCUAUGCCUGGAUGAUGCGCACGGCCUACGAGGGGCGGAAGAUGGGGAAGUUCAACUCCGACAAGGUCGUGUCAGUGGUGCCAGCGGCCUUGCAAGGCUUCGAGGCCAAUUAUUCUCAUUACUCCACUGCAAGAGUCAUGAGAGGCGCACCUCAGACCCGACCACUUUUUCUCCGUGAGUGCCAAAAGGUCAAGACGGAGCGUCGACGUGGGGGGAAGCGUACACAGGGCAGCCUGAUUGACAUGGCGAUUCGACAGAAGGGUGAGGGACGACCACACGAAACGACCAGCUACUUCGGGUUGACAGGAAACACCGAUGAACAGAGCUUAAUGUCAAGGCCGGAAAGAUCCCAGGUGCGUUUCUGUCAAAAUUGUGGUGGCAAGGCACAAGCUGGGUUUCGCUUCUGCCAAUUCUGCGGCACGUCACUGCAUUGCGAAGUUUGGGGAGCCUAGGAAAACAAGACCCACACGACCUGAAUGCAGAAUGAUGCAGAACGAUGCAGAUGGGUGGUGUGUUGAGCUGUGAAAAUCAGAAACGCAUUUGAAACCUUUGCG